AUGUAUUUUGUGGCAGAAAUUGAAAGUACGUUUUGCCUUCACCAUUGCUCUGACACUGGCGAUGGUGACGACUGCACCUGGGAGGACGAGGAUGAAGAUGAGAGGAACCAAUGCGUGUUUCGUGCUUAUGAGUCUCUGGGGUGCGGAUCGUUUGGCGUUGUUUACCGCGGUCUUUACCCAAAUGGCUACAAUGUUGCCAUCAAGAAAUACCCAGCCCCUUCUCAGGAUGAACAUGACUUAUGGGCUGAGCUUGCACGCUUUGAGAUGAGAAUUUUGUCUACUUGUCGGCACAAAAACAUUGUUCGGUGUAUAAUCAGUUUUUUUCAAGAUGGCAGCUUAUAUACCAUUACAGAAUUUGUCUUUGACGGUUCGCUCACUACGCUUGUGAAUUUUUUAAAACGUUUUCCAGAGAAUGUCAUUAGACGCCAUGCCGUUGAUAUUCUUCGUGGACUGUAG